AUGUUACCAAUGCGUAAGAUCGUCCACCGAGCAUGCUUCGUCAUCAGUCGUACGGUGUACAUGACAUGUUGCUGUGGUUGUUGCUCCGCUCUACGUCCUCGAUACAAGCGGCUUGUGGACAACAUCUUCCCCGCGUCCCCUCAGGAUGGGCUGGUCAAGUCCAAUAUGGAGAAACUCACCUUCUACUCGCUCUCCAGUCCAGAGAAGUUGGAUAGGAUCGGGGAGUACCUGUUCCAGAAAGCCGCCAGAGAUAUAUAUAGACGACGGCAUGGUUUCGUGAUAAUUGCUAUGGAGGCUAUGGACCAGUUAUUGUUGGCCUGUCACUCGCAGACCCUCAACCUGUUCGUGGAGAGCUUCCUUAAAAUGGUUCAGAAGUUAUUGGAGUCCACAGAUCCUCAGCUACAGAUCCUGGCUACACAGAGUUUCGUCAGGUUCGCGAAUAUAGAAGAGGACACUCCAUCGUAUCACCGCAGAUAUGACUUCUUCGUGUCCAAGUUCUCUGCCAUGUGUCACAGUAAUCAUAACGACCAGGCGGUCAGGGAUAACAUACGGCUGGCAGGGAUACAGGGGCUGCAGGGCGUGAUAAGGAAGACUGUGUCAGAUGACCUCGUGGAGAAUAUUUGGGAGGCGCAACAUAUGGAUAAGAUAGUACCCUCACUACUGUAUAAUAUGCAGACAGCCGAAAAAUACGAAACUGUGACAUGUAUGGAGACGGACGCGAGGGACGGAUUAGAGGAUGACCCGCCACGCCUGGCGGAGGCCUGUCUGAGGGAGCUGGUGAGCCGCGCCUCCUUCGGGCACAUACGGAGCGUGCUACGACCAGUGCUCACUCAUUUCGAUCGUCACGAGCUGUGGGUGCCGAACGACUUCGCCGUACACACGUUCAAGAUCAUCAUGUUCUCGAUACAAGCCCAGUAUUCAUACAGUGCGGUGGAGGCCUUAAUGCAGCAUCUAGACGCGGGGACCUGCGGGGACCCGGCCUCGCGGACCCGCGUCAGGGCCGCCCGGGCCGCGGUCCUCAGUAACAUAGUCGCUAUAGCAGCUGGGGAUAGUGUUGGUCCAUCGGUUUUGGAGAUCAUCAACAAUCUGCUUACCAACUUGAGAACGUCUGUGGCCAGAGAUUCAGAGAAGGAGUCCGACGAGAGGUUGUACCAGGAGGCGCUCAUCAACGCGCUGGGAGAGUUCGCGGACCACCUGCCCGACUACCAGAAGAUAGACAUCAUGAUGUUCAUAGUGAGCAAGAUACCCAACACGCGCGGGAAGCACACGCGCGCCGACGGCAUGCUGCAGAGUAUACUGCUCAAGUCACUGCUCAAGGUGGGCACUACAUACAAGACUAGUGAGCUGAGCAAGGCGUUCCCAGCAGCCUUCCUGGACGCGCUGCUGCGUCUGUCAGCGGCCGCCGGGGACGCGCCGCCGCCGCUACUGUUACAGAGGAUACUACACACGCUGCUGGAUAGGAGGGGGAACGCGCACCUACUGAGAGAACCUACCGUGGACUACGAGCCGCUGGGUCUGUCUGUGGGCAAGUGUUCUCGGCCCGACCUCAUCUUCAUCAGUAAACACGGAUACGCCAUAUUUAACUCGCUAUACGAAGGUCUUCAGCUGGAGUCCAACUCGGUGGAGAACAUCAGCGCCAUUUACACCACGCUGGCCUUACUGUGUGUGGAGCUCGCCUCGGACGAAACUGUGUGUGAUAUGCUGCAACUGAUACUGUCUAUCCAACAGUCGUCCCUGUCCAACCCGGUGCUGUCCGUGUGGCAGCAGUGUGCGCUGCACGCGGUGUGCGCCUCGCUGGCGGCACUCGUGUGUCACGUGAUGCUGCUACCAGCCCUGCAGCAAUAUAUAACACAGAUCAUCGCUGCUCGUCGUGAGGAGGCCCCCCACCUACUGCCCCCGCUGCAUCAGUUCGACCAGCUGUCUCCCUCAAAGAUGCCCAGCAAGCUACCCUAUCUUAUGAUAGACCAGAUGGCGUUGUCGGAGUGUUUGUCAUCGUGCGGGGUGGAGGGUAGUCGACUGUCGAGCGGCGCGAGGUACGGACCCGCCGUACACAGGCACUCGUGGGUCGAGGCUGGCGCUGCCCAGGGUAGAGACAGCCUGGCAGACAUCUCUGCCGGGCCCACUACGGAUCUGGACAGCGCUAACAGCUCUCCAGGUGUACAGAGGAGAAUUCAGUACGACGAUCUGGAUGAAGAAUACAGGAUGUUCAUAGAGAAAUAUAAUUACAACCACCGGCCGACCGCGCACGACUUCGGAACAUACCACUCCGGUCAGAGUGAGAGCGUCAGUUUGGAAGCGCUAGUGUCAGCAGCCCGCGGCCCGAGCGAAGCGGAGAGGAAAGAUGCUGAGAAGCGCCGCGCUAACCUCAACAACACGUUCAGAACCGCGCCCUUCACUAGUCUUCUGAGACUCACGCAACCCAAGUAUGAGAUAAAGGAUAAACUGGAGGAGAUCUUCAACUCUCUGUCCGAGGAACCUCUCCUGGCUCCGUCAGCCAACUCACCGGCCGCCAAGUGCCAGAAUGCACCAUACAACAAAUACUUCCCAGAACUAUUCCUAUACUAG